AUGGGGAAAAUAAUGGUGCUGACAGGGAGCGGCGACGAGAAUCGCGGGUUGAUUGGUCCUCGAGCCCGUGACGACGACGCACGACGGCGACAGAACAUCGUGAGGCUUUCUCUUUCUCACCAAACCGCGUCGUUAUCGGGCGAUGCCGAGUCUGUUCUUAGCGAGGAUACUGGCGACGAGGAUCUUUUCGACCCGUUCGCGCCGACUGACUUAGCCGACGACGAUCACAUGUCCCUUGCUGAGAGCAUGCGUGAGCUGGACGAUCAGCUCUCACGCCGACCGUUGGAUCUAGAUCCGGCGGGCUACUUCAUAAUCUACGUGGACAGGGACCAGCAGUGCCUAGUCGCUCAGCACUUCGGCAACCUCAUUGACAUUAAAGGCCGCGCGUGCGACCCUGUAACGGGGAAACCCAUUCCCUGCGAUGGCUCCUACAAGCCCACUCCCCUGCGCGUGUAUCGGGGUAGGACAGCAAAGGAGGUCAGUGUGAUUAUCUUAGAGCAGUACUUUGGACCUGGGGAGAAAAGCAGGGGAGCAGCAGAGAGGAAAAACAAGGAGAAUGCAGGGGCACAAGUAGGGUCAGCGACAGCAGGAGCAUCGACAGCAGCAUCAGUGACAACUGCUGAAGGGGUUUCAGCUUCAUUAUUGUCACAGAUACCGCCUGUCACGAUGCUGAACCAUGCGAAUUACCUGGGAAGGGAACUGCAGCGGGCAGAGGCAGCGUUGCUCAAUGGUACAGAGUACAUUCAAGACUAG